GGUAUCACCCCCGUUGCCGCGGGUUUCCAAAACCCGACAGCGGAUCCCGGCCUCUCGAAAACCCAAAACAACGACAAAAACACAGUCGCGCUGGUAGCGCACGGAAAGCUACGGUGUCGAGCUGAACGGAGUUUUUUAUUCUCCGCGGGUCGCGAUUGACCUCGCUCCGGACUGUAUCAUUAAAAAAUAAAAAAAUAAAUACAAUAAAAAGGGUUUUGUUGUCCUGCAAAAACGGCGUGGGCCGCAGGCGAUCCGCGGUGUGGUAGUGAACAAGCGCCGCGUCACAGAGGCAACUCGGCGGGGGAGACUUGAUCAGGGGACCCGCUGACCCUGUCCGGUGAUGUGAAAUGAAAACCUGGAAGCAGGUGUGGCCCAGCUCUUGAUAUCUCGGCUGCAGUGCUGUCUCGGUGUGUCUCUGUGUCUCUGUUGGCCCCUCUGUGUGGCUCUGACGAUGCGUCUGCCCCCUCUGCGAAGGCCCCUGGGCCUGGGGGUCCCCCUCCUGCUGGCCCUGCUGUGCGUGUGGCCCCCGGGGGCCCGGGCAGGGGAUUGUAAAGGGAAGAGGCAGGUUCUGAAUGGACCCCCGGGGUACGUGACUGACGGGCCCGGGAAUUACUCUGUCAAUGGGAACUGCGAGUGGCUGAUUGAGGCCCCCAGCAGCAGGUACGGCAUCGUGCUGUCCUUCACCUACAUGGAGACGGAGUGCACCUACGACUACCUGUUUGUUUACGAUGGCGACUCGUACGACAGCCCCCUGCUGGCCAGUCUGAGCGGCAGCACCCUGCCCGAGCUCAUCGAGGCCAAGUCUGGAAAGAUGCUGCUGCACCUGUUCAGCGAUGCUAACUAUAACCUGUCUGGGUUCAACGCCUCCUUCUCGUUCUCGCUGUGCCCGCGGGACUGCUCCGGGCACGGGGUGUGCAGCCCUGACUCUGGCCGCUGUGACUGCCUGCCGGGCUGGGCAGGGGAGGGGUGCAGCCUGCCUGCCUGCGGGGCCAACUGCAGCCUGCACGGGACCUGCGACCAGCAGUCCGGUCGGUGUCAGUGUGACUCUGGCUUCCUAGCGCAGAGCUGUGAUCUCUCUCUGAAUGAUAACCAGGGCGCGGGGAGCUGGUUCGCGGUGAGUUCAGGAGACGGACCCUUCUCGCCACGCACUGCGGCUGCCGGAGUCUUCCUCAACACCACCAACGCACUCUACGUCUUUGGAGGUUUCGAUUUGAACCGGGCCCUGGGAGAUCUGGUCAUGUACAACUUCACUUCCAACCGCUGGGAGGAGAGAGCCCACGGGCCGGCUGCCAGGCACUCCCACACAGCGGUUCAGUGGGCGGGGACCAUGGUGAUAUUCGGAGGGCAGCUCUCUGACGGCUCAUUGGCUGGCGACGUCUGGCAGUACAGCCCCCUGGCAGACUCCUGGAGCCAGCUCAGCCAAUCGGAGUCCCCCGGGGCCCCCAGGCUGGCCAAUCACGCGUCGGCAGUGGUAGACGAGCACCUCUACGUGUUCGGAGGUCGCAGUGUGGAAGAUCUCUUCUCCUCUGAGCUGUACCGCUUCUCUCUGCUCUCUCCUCGCUGGGAGAGGGUCCAGCCGGCGGGGGGGAAGGCUCCUGCAGCCGCCGGGCACUCCAUGGUGUUCUACCCCCCCUCCCGGACCCUGCUGGUGUACGGGGGUCACCGGCCGUCAACCGCCAGGUUCAGCGUGCGUGUGAACACCACGGAUUCCUUCCACGUGGAUCAUCGCUACUGGACCACGUUCCGAUCACGAUACCCCACCAGCGGACCCCGAGAGAGAGCCUUCCACUCCGCCACUGUCAUCGGGAACUACAUGGUGGUGUACGGUGGGAACGUGCACAUCCACUACCACGAGGAGAAGUGCUACGAUGAGGAGAUCUUCUUCUACCACCUGGGCUGCCAUCAGUGGAGCUCCGCUGACGAGCUGACCAGGAUGCUGCUGCAGAGCCGCGACGGUCUCGAGUCCCGCAGAGCUGGGAGUGGCCGCUACGCCCACGUGGCAGCCCUGACCAAUGAGAACGUGCUGCUGGUUGCCGGCGGUUACAGCGGCACUCCGCGGGGCGACCUGGUCGCGUACAAGGUUCCGAUCUUCGUGCAGCAGAUCCUCGUGCAAAACCACCAGCUGGAUUACUGCUCCAUGUAUUCGGAGGAGAGCUCCUGCUCCAAGAACCCCGAGUGCAGCUGGUGUGGGGGGGGCUGCAGGUCCUACCAGCCCGACAGCGGCUGUGGCAGUGCAGGCUGCCUGGGUCUGGCUCGCUUCCUGUCUGACUGCCAGUCCUGUCUGGUGUUCAGCGGGCGCUCUGACUCCCUGCCCCAGGCCCCCGGGGAAUUCGGCUGGUGCGUCCAGAACGAGACGUGCAUACCUGUGACAGAGUCCUCGUCCUGUCGUGUUGAUCAGAUCUCCAGAGCUUACGGAUGGUGGGGUGAGAAGACUCGCUUCAUCACCUCGCUGGAGGACUGCCAGAGAGACAACCACGCCCCGGGCAUCCACCUGCUCACCUUCCAGAACCCACGCAACGACUCGCAGCCCGACAAGGUGUCUAUCGUGCGCAGCACCUCCAUCACUCUGAACCCCUCCACUGAGAUGGACGUGACUCUGGCCUUCAAGGGCUUCAUCCACCCGCUGUGGAGCAGCCCCGGCCCGGGGGAUGUGGUGUCGGUGUGGGCCCGGGUCCAGAGGCUGUACGUGGCGGCGCGGAUCGGCAAGGGCCCCAACACUGUGGAGCCGUCGGAGGAGCUGGGUCGCUGGGCAGUGCAGCAGGAUAAGAUGAGCCUGCGUCUGGAGCGUUCUGGGGGGGAGCGGUUGUUCCAGAACCUGGAGCGCGGAAACAAGUACGCCGUGCAGAUCGAGGGGUACCUGAACAACUCGGGGAACGGGCAGACGAGCGAGCUGACCCUGACCUGGAACCGGACCGGAGUGCCGGGGGGCAGCGAGAUCUCGUUCCUGUUCCUGGAGCCCUUCCUGUCUGGCUCCUGCUCUCGUUACCCCUCCUGCCUCGCCUGCCUGGCGGACCAGGCCUGCGGCUGGUGCUCCCACAGCAGCUCCUGCCUGCCGCGCGUCGACCCGGCGCACAGCAGCACCACCACCCAGUGUGCGGGAGGGGAACUGCAGCUCAUCCUGACACCCGGGAACUGCGUGCUGUGCGAUGAGUACAGGGACUGCGGCUCCUGCAGCAAGGACCCGUACUGCGAGUGGCAGAUCAGCAGCAACAAGAAGGGAGACUUCGUGUGCAGCCGGAGGGGUCGAGUGGAGGGGUCGAUCCGAAACGCAGAGAGCUGCCCCACACAGUGCAACCAGCGCAGGUCCUGCGGGGAGUGCCUCUCUAACUCCAGUCAGUGUGCGUGGUGCCAGUCUGCUCAGAGCUGCUUCUUCUUCGCCGCGUACCUCACCAAGUUCCCCUUCGGAGAGUGCAGGGACUGGUACGACAGUGUGCACUCGGCGCCGCAGUGUCUGGAUUGCUCUCAGCACACUUCGUGUCAGGAUUGCCUGCAGAACUUCGAGUGCGGCUGGUGUGGAAACCAGGACAACCCCACUAUCGGCAGGUGUCUGCACGGUGGUUACUCCGGGCUGCGUGACCCGGCUGGCUUCCCGAACUGCUCCGCGGCCGUGUCUGCGUCUCACCCCUCCCUGCCCUCCUGGGAGCCGGCCCUCUGGUCCUACCGCAGCUGCCCGGACGUGGACGAGUGCCGGCUGGGGAGCCACGUCUGCCACCCCUACGCCUCCUGCCACAACACGCCGGAUUCCUACCAGUGCCACUGCCACCGCGGGUACACCGGGGACGGGGUGCAGCACUGCAACCGCACCUGCUAUAACGAGUGUGUGCACGGGCAGUGCAGUGGUCCCCCGGACUAUCUGUGCCAGUGUGAGCUGGGCUGGACCUCCAACAGCAGCGCGGUGGAGCAGAGCGGGGUGGAGUGUGAGCUGGACUGCGGCUGCAACUUCCACAGCACCUGUGAGACUGGACUGGGGGUCUGCGACCACUGCCAAGACUGGACGCAGGGUGAGCGUUGUGAGCUGUGCCGGCCUGGCAGUUUUGGCAGCGCUGUGGAGCUGGGGGGCUGCUCCCAGUGCGCCUGCAAUGGUCACGGACUGGAAGAGCUGGGAUUCUGCGAGGGGAGCGGGGGGGUGUGCCACUGCGGGGACGCCACCGAGGGGCAGCACUGCGAGAAGUGUGUGAGCGGACACUAUGGGGACCCCCGGAAUAACGGUACCUGUUACCUGGAGUGUGGGGGCCGCGUGUUCCUCCCCAAUGUGACCUCCAUGGCGCUGGGCUCUGCGAGGGGGCUGGGGGUCUCCGAGGGGGGGCUGUCCUACUGCCUGUGGGUCCUGUCAGCCUCCAGCCACCUGCAGCCCUGCUCUGGAGAGAGCCAGUGCCCCAGCAUGAGCCUGACUAUCCAUCCAGACGUCAACACAAACUGCACUAGUAACUAUGUCUAUGUGUUUGACGGGCUCCCGGAGUUCCUCAGUGAUGGGGUGCUGCGCUCCGACCGCAACCUGAUUGGUGCGUUCUGUGGGACGGCCAGGAACGAGCCAAUCACAGUGGCCGCUGCCUCAGGGCUGGUGGCAGUGUAUUUCGAGGUGAACAUGACUGACAGCCCCUGGCCCCUCUCUCCUGUCGGGUUCAACGCCUCCCUGCGUGUGCGGCGCUGUGCCCCCCCGGGCUGCCCCCCGGCUCAGCGCUGCCAGGAGGGGGUGUGUGUGUGUGAGAGCGGCUUCGCUGGCCCCGACUGCACCCUGGAGGUGUGUCCCGGGGGGUGUGGAGAGAGCCAGGGGCGAGGAGCCUGCAACACUAGUCUGGGGGUGUGUGUUUGCACAGAGGGCUUCGCUGGGUCGGACUGCUCUCUUCCGGUGAACUCGUCCAGGAUCAUCUGGGAGACGCUGAUAGACACGCAGCGCACCACGAACCAGGCUCACCGGUUCCUGCAGAGGUUCGCUCACUCUCUGGUCGAAGGGCCCGACUCCACACUGUGGCUCUUCGGGGGCUUGUCUCUGCGGGAGGGCAUUCUGGGAAACGUCUACAGGUUCUCUAUCUCGGAUCGCCGCUGGACUCAGAUGCUCACCAGCACGGCUGACGGCAGCCCUGGCCCCGCCCCUCGCUACUUCCACGCGGCCGCCUUCGUGGCCAAUCAGAACGCCAUGUUCGUGACGGGCGGGCUGACGCAGGGGGGCGUGGCCUCGGACAUGUGGAGCCUCAACCUGGUGACACUGCAGUGGAGACAGGAGAACUCUCUCCUGCUCCCCCCGGUGGCGGGUCACACCCUGACAGUGCGUCGCGGCCGCUCCCUGCUGCUGAUUGGAGGGUACUCCCCUGAACACGGGUUCAACAACAAGUUGCUGGAGUUCAACCUGGAGACUGGGAACUGGAGCGCGGGGCUGCAGACUGGGACGCCCCCUACUGGUCUGUACGGUCACUCUGCCGUGUAUCACGAGGGCACGGACGCGCUCUACCUGUUCGGAGGCUAUCGCUUCCACGUGGGGUCCGUGGCUCCGUCUGCUGAGCUCUACAGCCUCUUCUACCCCAACCUGACCUGGAGCCUGCUCGCUCCGUCACAGGGCAAGAAGCCGCUGUCUCGCUUCCUCCACAUGGGGGCUCUCUUCCAGGACACCAUGGUGAUCGUGGGGGGGCGCACUGAGCAGGAGGCGUUCAGCAACACAGUGCUGCUCUACCAGAUCAACUGCAACACCUGGGUGCAGCCCAGCCAGCCAGAGUCCUGGCAGGGCGUGCCUCUCGACCCCUCUGUCUCUCACGCCAUGGCUGUGGCGGGGGGGCGCCUCUUCCUGUGCGGCGGGUUCAACGGGGUCGCGCUGGGGCGCAUGCUGACCCUCACCCUGCCCUCUGACCCCUGCCUGGUGCUGACCACAGCCAGCUCCUGUAACCAGAGCAGCGGGAGCUGUGUGUGGUGGAGAGAGAGCUGUGUGUCUGCAGACACGGCCGACCGAUUGGGGUGCAGUACGGGACAGUCUCAGUGUCUCCCCGUGCCUCGCUCUCCGGAUGAGUGCCGCAGAUUGCACACCUGCAGUGAGUGUCUCGCCCGACACCCCAAAACCAUGAACCUGCCCCCCACACAGAUGGUUCAGCAGUGCAAGUGGUGCACUAACUGCCCUGAGGGGGCCUGCAUCGGCCGGGAGGGGAGCUGCACCUUGGAGAACGACUGCCGCAUCAACCAGCGUGAGAUCUUCACUGCCAGCAACUGCUCUGAGAUCAGCUGCGAGGCCUCGGACUGCCCCAAGUGCACCGCGUCGGGCAAGUGUAUGUGGACAAGGCAGUUCAAACGCACAGGGGAGACCCGUCGUAUCCUCAGUGACCCCUCCCACGACUGGACGUGUUUCAGCCACUCCCUGCUCAACGUGUCUCCCAUGCCAGUGGAGUCCUCGCCCCCCCGGCCCUGCCCCACCCCCUGCCACCAGCACAGGUCCUGCAGGGAGUGCUUGGGCUCCAAGGGGGCUGACGGGGGCUGGAGGCGAUGCCUGUGGAGUCUGUCUCUCAGCCAGUGUGUCAGCCCCUCCUACCUCCCCCUGCUCUGCGUGGCUGGCCGCUGUGGCCGGGUGCUCAACGGAUCAGAGAGCUGUUCCCCCGAGUGCUCCCGGCUCCAGCAGUGCUCCUCCUGCAUUCGCCAGCCCAGCUGCGGCUGGUGCGCUGCGCGGGGGCUCAACGGGGCGGGGCAGUGCCUGCAGGGGGCCUGGGGGGAGCCCAGCAGGAGUGGGGGUACCUGCACGGAGUCCAACGGGACCUGGGCCUUCCUGUCCUGCCCCCCCGAGAACGAGUGUCUGAACGGACACCACGACUGCAACGCCACGCAGAACUGCAACGACAAACUCCAGGGCUACGAGUGCCCCUGCAAGAGCGGGUACACGCUGCACAAUGUGACAGGGCAGUGUAAGCCGGUGUGUGCGCAGGGCUGUGUGAAUGGCACCUGCGUGGAGCCCAAUCGCUGCCAGUGCCACUUUGGCUAUGUGGGCGAGAACUGCUCCGUGGAGUGCCACUGCAACAAGCACAGCAACUGUGCCAACGUGACGGCCCAGGACUCCUGCCUGCAGUGCUUCAACAACACCAUGGGGGAGCACUGUGAGAAGUGCCGGCCUCUCUUCGUGGGCUCAGCUGUGAAGGGAGGGGCUUGCAAGCCCUGCAGGGAGCAUUGCCGCGGCAACAGCGACAUCUGCAUCACCCACGAGGAGAACAAGAGAGCAGCGAGAGAGCCGGACAAAUACCCCCUGGAGCCAGACCUGAUCCCCAGCUGGGUGGGGGAAGGCCCUCGUGAGGACAAUGUGAUCUGUGUGAACUGCCAGAACAGCAGCUCCGGAGAGAAGUGUGAGAGCUGCCUGCCGGGGUACUUCCUGCUGGAGGGCAAGUGCAGCAAGUGUAAGUGUAACGGUCAUGCAGACACGUGUGAGGUGGACGGCACGGGCUGCCCCUGCCAGAACAACACAGAGACCCUGCCCUGUCUGUCCCAGCAGAGCGACGGGAGCAAGAGGAACUGCUAUGAGCUGCAGUGUGCCAAGUGCAAGGACUCCUUCAACGGGAGCCCGGUGGACGGGCGGCAGUGCUACCGGCAGUUCAACGUGGAGCAGGAGUUCUGCUUCGACCCCACGUCCCAGAGCAACUGCUACCACGAGCCCAACCUCAAGAGCCUGCCCAGGGGCCGCACCGUCUUCUUCGCUGCGCAGCCCAAGUUCACCAACGUGGACAUCCGCGUCACCAUCGACGUGACCUUCGGGGGCGUGGAGCUCUACGUGUCCAACUCCCCGGACACCUUCGUGGUCACCGUGGACAAGCAGACGGGCGUCCACUCCGUGCACAUCAGCACGUCCGCGGAGCCGUCUCCUAUCAGAGGAGGGGCCAGAGACGCCAACGCCAGCUCCAGCAGCGGCCAAGCCCUGCAGCAGCAACAGCCCACCUCGCUGGCCAGGGUGAGGGAGGUGCGUGCCUCGGGUCUGAUCACCUACAUCACGGUGAGCUCCCAGAACACCGUGCUGGUGGUGCGCGGGGUGACCGACCGGGUCGUGAUCACCUACCCCCACGAGGUCCACACCCUCAAGUCCAGCCGAUUCUAUAUCGCGUUGCUGGGGACCGGCGGGGCAGGCGAGGGGGCGGCCGCGGCUUCCAGCGAGUCCCAGGGAGUGCUGUUCCUCCGGCAGGACCAGGCCCACAUCGAUCUCUUCGUUUUCUUCUCCGUCUUCUUCUCCUGCUUCUUCCUCUUCCUGUCGGUCUGCGUCUUGCUCUGGAAGGUCAAGCAGUUCCUGGAUUUCCGCCAGGAGCAGCAGCGCCACCUGCAGGAGAUGACCAAGAUGGCGUCCAGGCCGUUCGCCAAGCUCAGCGUCUACCUGGAACCCGAGGAGCAGCAGCAGCAGCAGCAGCAUCCGCGGCCUCCCUCCUCUUCCUCCUCCUCCUCCUCCUCCUCCUCGCACCUCCUCUUGCUUCAGAAGCAGGGUGGUGGAGGGAGUGGAGGGGGUCACUUGGUCUAUCUGCUUCCCAGAGCUCAGGGGGGGAAAGUGGGGCUCGGAGGAGGUGGAGGGGUUGGGAUUGGGGGAACAAAAGGCAAACCAGCUUCCUACCAGAAACAGGACGCUCUACGACAACACCACCAUAAUCAUCACCAUAACAACCACCACCACCACCACAGCAGCUACCAGCAGUUCUGCCGCUCCGACCCCUUCCUCUCCCAGCUCAUGGGCUUCUCCUACCCCAGCUUCAAGGUGGGCCCGAUCACCCUGGAGCCCACUGACGACGGGAUGGCGGGCGUGGCCACCGUGCUCCUGCAGCUGCCGGGGGGGGUGCUGGCCCCCAACCGGGCCUGCCUGGGCUCGGCCCUGGUCACCCUGAGACACAACCUGCAGGAGUACUGCGGGGCCACCGCGAGCCACGGGGCCACGCACGCCAGGAAGAGGAUCCUGAGCCACGAGAAUCUGACCACCAUGUCCAUGUAGGGAGACCAGCGGGUCCUCUGAUUCUCCUUCCUCUGACCCCUGUGUGUGUUUUUUUGAAUUUUUUAUCAGUAAAGUUCUCCAUCCAGAGUCCUGAAGGAGUUUAUUAAUCUCAUUCUUUUUGUUUUUUGUAAAGUGUUAUCUGUUAAACCAAUCCUGGAGUAGUUUGACCCCGUAGUUCACCCCCCUAGUGUCUGAAAGUCGCUUUGGAUAAAAGCGUCUGCUAAAUGACUCACUGAUAAUAAUAUUACAAGCUCCCCUCACACACUGAGUGGGGUGAUACUCUGCUUGUGAAAUAAAGACUGAUUGGAUAGUGGGAUUGGAACACAGGCCCCCUGAUUGGACGGGAGGAUUGGAUCUCCGACUGGGAAUAAUCUGCUUGUGAAAUAAAGCCUUCGGAUUGGCCGGGCCAAGUUGUAAUUGCAAACACGAGUGGAUAAUAAUGUGGGUGGGGACAAUGGGCUUGUGGAAGAUAAAGACUUCUGAUUGGACGACAGUGUGAUUAGGAGGCCGGCUGCAUGCAAUGAGACUGACACACGACUUCAGAACAGAAACUGAACUGAACUGGCUGCUUUAAUGAUCAUGAAGGAUCUGCAAAUACACCGCUGUCGUUUUUAUGUGUCGAUUUUCACAUACUGUAUAAAAAGGACUACAGCUCCCAUCACCCCUUGCUGUUGCUACACAUGUAGCGAGGCAUGCUGGGAGCUGUAGUUCUUAUUCCAAUGACUGUGGGUGCAGGACAGAUAGCAGACUCCUCAGAAGAGUGUUUUUAUUUGUAUUAUUUUAUUUGAUUGUGUUUUUGUAUCAAAGAAAGAAGAUGCAGGACAGUUUAAUGCCUGCUAAUGUUGAUUUUAUUUUUUAAAUGUUUUAGGGUUCCACCGAGUUAUAAUCGUAACGCUCUGGGCUGUUAAUUCUGCCAGCUGAACUCCCCGCGCUUCAGUUUACACUCUGAUGUUUUACAUGAAACACUACCUUAAUAAUGUGUGUCUGAUUGGUGGC